AUGAUUUCCCUCCCUUCCACUCUUUGCGGUCGUCUGGCUCUUCUUUCGUUGGCUGCUUUGUCAAACGCGUUGCCUUCCUCUUCUGCCGGACAAAAUAACGGGAUUCUGAGGUUACCAGUCACUGCGCAGGCUGUGAAUGUAACGGAUCUGGCGACUUUUGGGCGUAGGGACAUUGUAGAAGUACCGUUGCAGAAUGCGUUGACGGGGACCCUCUAUCUCAUUCAAGUGCCAUUGGGGAGUGUACCACAGAGCGUUCCUCUUGCUAUUGACACCAGCUCGGGCGAGACUUUUGUAAAUCCCAUAUGUUCCACUUCCGGAAAUGCUGCUUUCUGUAGUAGUCUUCCGCGUUUUACUUCAUCUGCCACUCUUGUAGACUACGGUGUUACAGGUAGCGUGGACUUUGGCACAUCCUCCGCCAGUUUCUCAUAUGUCGGGGACUCUCUCCGCUUUGGAACGUUUACCAUCAGCCAGCAAAUCUUCGGUGUUAUAUUCUCGAGCACAAACUUGGUCGCAGGCGUGCUAGGCCUUGGAGGAGAUGUCGAUAACCCCUACCCCUUCGUCAUUGACUCUUUGAAAAGCCAGGGCGUCACCCCCAGCCGUGCCUUCAGUCUCGAUCUACGCAGUGUGGACUCUCCGGAUGGAGCCGUCAUCUUUGGCGGUAUUGACACCAAGAAAUAUAUUGGUGCUCUGGAGAAACGUCCUAUGAUUCCUCUAGCGCAAACACCCACACCCAACAUUGCUGCCCGCUACUGGAUCUACAUCAAUUCGGUUGGCAUCACCAAGCCUGGCAGCACUCCCAAGUUAUAUCCAGCAACCGGGACUGCACAGGGUCAGCCAGCCUUUAUCAACAGCCGCGCCACCAUCAGCCGCCUUCCAACCACACUUGUUAAUACCAUUGUGGCCGACUUUCCUGGUGCAACCCAAGACGCAUCUGGUUUGUAUGUCGUUGAUUGUGCCGUGGGCAGCCAAGCAGGGACCGUUGAUUUUGGUUUUGGAAGCACUAUCAUCCAUAUCUCCUUCAAAGACUUCCUUUGGCAGAAUGGAGGAAUUUGUUACCUCGGUGUCACUGCUGAUGACAUUGCACCCCAGCUUGGUGAUAGCUUCCUACGAGCCGCCUUUGUUGUUUUCGACUUAGAUAACCAGAACGUUCAUCUCGCCAACGCUGCCAACUGUGGCACUAACUUGGCUGCCAUCACCACUGGUCUUAACGCUGUACCCUCUAUUGUAGGUGGUUGUGCAGCUCCUACUUCGACCACAUCUUCUGCGUCAUCUACCUCCACUUCCUCCUCGUCGACUUCCUCGUCAACCUCGACAUUGACCACUACUACAACCACAUCUUCUACCACGUCUACCACUUCUUCCACCACUUCUACCACCACUUCUACCACGCCUUCUACCACCUCUUCCACCACUUCUUCAACCACUUCUUCAACCACGUCUUCUGACACGCCUUCUACCACUUCUACCACCACUUCUACCACUUCUUCAACCACUUCUUCUACCAUUUCUUCUGAUACGCCUUCUACCACGUCUUCUACCACGUCUUCUACCACGCCUUCUACCAUUUCUUCCACUAUUUCUACGACGGCCUCUUCUUCCACAUCUUCCUCUUCUUCAUCCUCGAUAUCCGGCUCUAGCUCUGGUACGUCGACAGCUGCUCCAGUCGGUAGCACCAUUUCUACAGUAACUACGUCCAUAUCCAGCUCGAAUCUUCCUACCAGCAUACCUACGUCUACUUCAGGCGUCAGUUCCUCAACUUCCUCGACUGCUGUAAAUUCUACUUUUUCGACCUCUAGCGUAGUAUCAACUUUGAUUGUUGACCCUACUUCCACACGAAUUCCAUCAGGACCAGGUAGUAAUUCCACGACAGCAACGACGGUGACCUCAUCUUCUUCAACCUCGUCCCUUCCCCAGUCGACAACAAUUUAUACCAUCUCAACAGUCUAUACGACCUCUAUUUACACUAUCACGUCAUGUACUGCAAGAAUCACGAACUGCCCAGCCAUUAUCGGCCAAGUUACCACCGAGGUGAUAAGCCUCUACACAACCGUUUGCCCAGUUACUAUAGCUGCCAGCACAAUCAAGCCAGUUCCUACGUCGACUCCUACUCCAUCUGCAAUAGAGUACACUAUCUCAACAGUGUAUGCCACCAAGACAUACACAAUCACCUCAUGCGCACCAAACGUUACCAACUGCCCAGCAAGCAUUGGGAAGGUCACUAUAGCAUUAUACACGACGUACUGCCCCGUUACUAAAGGCGAAGUUUCUGGUUCUAUUACCAAUAUUGCGAUCGGGAGUCAGAUUCCAGCAACCACACCCACGAAAACGAACUCAGCGGUUGGAGUGACGAACUCAGCGGUUGGAGUAGCGACUAUUGUUUCCGUGUCUAUCGCUCCUGUGAAUGUGCUUCCUAGCCAAGGGGCCACAGGCAAUAGCACCGUUAAAGUGGCUGCAUCUUCAACACCAACGAAUAUUCUGAUAACAAACUCAGCGCCUACUGCCUUCGGUCCUGAAAGUUUGAAGUUUGGGUCGAUCAUGCUUAUUGCGUUUAUGGUAUACCUAUAG